AUGGAGCAGAGGACACGGAACGAUCAGCCAAAACGGUUCUCUCUCAUCAAGCGAACAUCUUCUGAAGAUGCCAAACAAACCCGUUUUGCCCUUCACUCAAGCCUCGAAGCCUUCUCUCGACCAAUCUCUGCCUUGGCAAGACAUCGAGUACAUCAGUUGUCCGACAUUCGAGAAGUGUCCGGGUCUUCAAAGACUGCAACUAUACUAGGGAGUCCCGGCAUUGAAUGGUCAGACGGCACUCAAGACAGACCUGAGACUCCGCCUGGCCCAAGCGGUGCUCUUUCACCAACGGCAUCCUCUGAAUACCUUACACCCACUGCACUUCGAUCUGGGCGGAAUGGCAAUUCGUCGGUCCUGGGAAGUCGAACCACCAGUGCGAUCAGUUUGCCUCAGCGCCAGGUUCCGGAACGAAGGUCUUCGGCCAGUAUAUUUUCGCGUGGACUUGGAGGCUCGGGACAGGCUUCCAUGCAAGAGCUACCAACGUGGAAAACACAUGAGCUGGACGACAGCGCCCAAAUAGUACCCAACAGAGGCCGGGCAGAGUCGCCGGUCCGAGUUGCCAUAAACCGGUCAGCUCAAUCCUCCGAAAUCCUUCGACCCUCUGCUGCACGCACUUUCAUUCGUACUACUCCUCCACAUGAAGUCCUAGACAACGGCAGUAUCCGCCAUUCUCGGGUCGAUCUGUCUGUCCGCCUUCCCUCUCCGUUGUUUGUGGGUGGGGGUACAGUUGAAGGCGAAAUAGCUAUUCAGGUUGAUGGCGGAGUGCCUCGAAAAGCGAAGAUGAAGCCAAUCUACAUUUCCAAAGCCUCCGUCGAUGUGAUUGGUGUGGAGGAAAUCAGUGAUGGGAGACGCUGGGUCUUUCUUUCUCUGGCCACUGAGCUUUUCGACAAGGACAACCCUCCGCCUCCUUCUUCAGUGACUUCGCAACAGCCUUUACCGGGGCCAGAUCUAUGGUGGGAGUUGAAACCUGCUACAUCGGUUCUUCCAUUUUGCGUCAAUCUGCCGCUCAAGCUUGGACCGCCGCCAUAUGCCUCCCGACAUGCUUCUAUCCGCUACCUUUUAUGCCCGUCGGUUGUCCUGCGUGUCGGUGAUAAACGAAGUGUCGUCAGACAGACGUGGAGCGUCCAGAUGCUUACCGUCCAUGAUCCAGAGAAAGCUUUGGCGAGCUUACCGAGCCCUCUUCUGGCAGCUGACACACUCUAUUUGACACACGGAGCAGAAACCCAAACUGUGAAGCUGACUGCCGGGCUACAUCGGCAGACCUGGGUCAAUGGAGCCAUGAUCUUUAUCGACGUUCAUAUUGUGAAUAAUACAUCCAAGUCCAUCAAAAAGAUAGAGGUACAACUGGAGAAGACAACCCUAUGGUACACACACGCCCCAGCCGGCACCAUUGAAAGGAGCGCAAAUCACCUUCGGCUACCCCGACGUACAGACACCGAGAUUGUCAGUGGCUCGACAUUCAAGAAAGGCACUUCAUGGAAGGGUGUCCCGAGCCACACUUCGGAGGUGAGAACCAUCGAACUGGAGGCACCGCGUGGCCACGUCACAAUCAGUACUGGAAGGUAUUUUGAGGUCAGAUAUUUCGUUAACGUGGUGGUCACGGUCAGAAUGUUCAAAACCGUGGCGGUGCAGCUUCCUGUCACACUUAUUCCCAUCAAUUCGCUCGACAUUCUGCCCAAUUCCCUGGCCCAGGUCGCUGCUUCUAUCGAGGCCAAACGGGCGAAAACGGUUCCGGUCCCACCGGACGUCCCGGGCCCAACACCUUUCCACCAGGGACAAGCAUUCUCCGCUCCACUCCGUCAUUCAAUGGAACUUCAACAGCGAGAAAGGGGGACCAUUCCUCCUAACGAUGUCGAUACCCUUCGACAAGACAUCGACAACUCUCCUAGACGGCAAAGCCGUACUCACGAACACUGUAGAGUUGGCUCGGAAAGUCAAACAACAACGGAUGAAAAUGCUGCGCCAGGCCGUCCAAGUAUGGCAUCGUCUUCCCAUCAUCAUGUCACACGACAUCCUAGCUGUUAUCAUUGCCACCUGGUCUACCAGAAGGAGCAAGAGGGGCCGAAGCUGCCUAGACUCCAGGUCUCAACUUCAGGGCUCGGAUUUUCCGAAUCCGAGUUUGAGGUGCCUGCUGACUCGCCGCCUCGAAAGGUCAUGCUCAGCGAGCGAGAGCGGAACAUGAUCCAUCAGCAAAGAGAGCUCAGAAACCGGCAACAACGCAGCCAUCAACAUCAAAAGCGGCCAAGUACAGAGAUUUCUCGGGGACAUCAAGCACUUGCUUCUCAAGAACAAGCAACUUGGAAUAAUGUCGUGGCCAACUCAGGGAUAGGCCCGAAGCAGCCGGAGUUUGGCAACGGCGGUGGAUCUGGGGCACAGAUGCACAGAAACAGUCAACAUAGAGCUUCAGGCACCGCAAGAACGCGAUCCAAAACAAAUCCGGAAGGGUUGAGACAAUUGACGGUGGCCAACAGGCCAAGGAGGCGGUCCAGCGUAGACCGAACGGACCGUGCCCGCCAGGGUGGUGACUCCACGUUACUUUCGGGCGUUCCUCGCAGAAUGAGUCGGGAAGUCGGUUAUCGAAUGAGCGUGGAUCAAUUGUUUUAA